UCCAAACUCGAUCCACGUGCUCGCCUCUGUUUACACUGCUACGUGCUGACGUCACCGCGGAGCCCCACCCCUCACGGCGAGCUGCCUGGCAACAUGAGCGAGAGAACAGGAAGGUCUGCAGCAGCCGAGUGAGGAACCUGCGCCGCCUGCAACCAAAACCACCAGAAACUACACCUCAGCAGCACCAUGGAGGAUGCAGACCAAGGUACCCAGCAGCACCCGGACUCGGUCCCGGAGGUGGGAGAAGAUGCAGUGACAUCUGUGGGGCCCGCCCCUCCUCCACCCGCCCUGACAGAGGAGGAGCGACAGGAGCUGCAGGAAGAGUUGGUCAAGGUGGAGGAUGAGAUCCAGACUCUGUCCCAGGUUCUUGCAGCCAAGGAGAGGCAGUUGGCAGAUCUUAAGAGAAAGCUGGGCAUCACAACUCUGAAUGAGCUGAAACAGAACAUUACCAAAACCUGGCAGGAGGUCACCACCUCCAACGCCUAUAGGAGGACGUCUGAAACGCUCUCUCAGGCGAGUCUGAAGGCCACGGCAGCUUUCUCCAAUGUGGGCUCAGUCCUUAGCCGGAAACUUGAGGAUGUCAGGAAUGCACAAACUUUCAAGUCAUUUGAGGGGAAAGUGGAGACUUUGAAGACUAAAAUGACUCCAUCAGUGUCCACCACUGACCCCGGCGACCCCAGCGACCAGGAGAGCAGCAGCCCGACCUCCGAGACUUUCCUCCCUCAGCCAGGGGGCCUGCCCACUUCAGAGACGCUGAUGCAAUAAGACCUGGUUAACUCCCCCCUCCCUGAUCCCCAUCCACCCUCUCACCCCUCCUUCCUUCCUCACUUGACUCCCUAACCCCUGGACCCUAACACUUGCCCCUUCAACUCCUUGUGCCAGUCUCCUUUUGUUGAAAACAAAUGACUUACCCUGGCCGUCGUUUGUGUUCUAAUCGUCUGGUCUUUUUUGUCUGACACGUGCGCUUACUGGUUCACUAGUGUGGAAACUGAAAGCAAAGAGGGGUGUGUGUGUGUGUGUGGUUGGUAGGGCAGGCGUGUGUGUGGGUGGGUGCAGGCAUGUGGUCUUGUGUCAGUCACAUGUUUUUGAGUCUGUUCUCGACUCGCUGUGGGAGAAAUCCUCACUUAACGUGUCACUUUCCUUCUUCUGCACUCCUUCUUCUCUGCCUCUGUCUAACCUGAAAAGCUCCGAUGCCAAAUGUGUCCCUGCUUCUUUCCUCGAGUAACAGUUUUUUCACAGUUUAUGUUCAUGUGCAUGAAGUAAAUCUGCAAAAAUAUAGAAACAUUUACACUCGGGCGCUUGAUUAGAGAAGAGUUUACACUUAAAAGCUUACUGUGUGAACCAGAGAGCUGUCGGCUUAUUGCUUCUGCAUGGCCCUUUUUAUUAUAUGCUGGAUUUAUGAUUAUAAGCACUUGUUCUGCGAACCACCAUUUUGGGGGUUUUCUUGGUUUACUCUGUGUUUGGAUUCUGUUUGAAUUCAGUUUCCUGUUCACUGUAUUAAUUGUAGGACACCAUGCAAUCAUAAAGUAGUCUAACACUGUU